CAUCGGAGUCGUACAGCUAGCUAUAUAUCGACAAAUAAACAAGACGCGAAGGAAAACUGGUGAACGAGUGAGAAAUAGAUAAGAGAGAGAAAGCUGCCUUCGGAGUCUCCAACCUUACAGGAGCUCUUCCAACAAUUUGCAAUAGUUGGUCCCUCUAGGGUGGUUUUUUCUUGGGGAUAAUAUGAGCUUUACUGGCCCAUCUGUUUCUGGUGGUAGAACUGUUAAAAGGGCAUUUGAGUUUGGAAGGACCUAUGUGGUCAGGCCCAAAGGGAAGCACCAGGCAACUGUGGUUUGGCUACAUGGCCUUGGUGAUAAUGGAUCAAGCUGGUCCCAGCUCUUGGAGACCCUCCCUCUUCCAAAUAUUAAAUGGAUAUGCCCAACUGCUCCUACUCAACCAAUAAGUAUAUUUGGCGGCUUUCCUUCCACUGCUUGGUUUGAUGUGGGAGAACUCUCAGAAGAUGCUCCCGAUGAUGUAGAGGGUUUGGAUGCUUCAGCAGCGCAUGUUGCGAAUUUGUUGUCAACAGAGCCAGCUGACAUCAAACUUGGUGUUGGAGGCUUUAGUAUGGGAGCAGCAAUUGCCCUCUACUCCGCCACUUGCUUUGCUCUAGGAAAGUAUGAGAACGGCAACCUGUAUCCAUCCAAUUUAAGUGCGGUUGUGGGGCUAAGUGGCUGGCUUCCAUGUGCAAAGACCUUGGGUAACAAACUAGAGAGGGUGGAGGAGGCUGCAAGGCGGAUUGCAUCAUUGCCCAUUUUGCUUUGCCAUGGUAGAGGUGAUGAUGUUGUGCCCUUCAAAUUUGGUGAAAAAUCUUCAAAAGCCUUGACCUCAGCUGGAUUUCGAGAUCUGAUGUUCAAAGAAUAUGAUGGGCUUGGCCACUACACAAUUCCUGAAGAGAUGGAUGAGGUCUGCUCAUGGCUAACUUCAAAGUUGGCACUUGAAGGGUGUUCUUCAUGAUUAAAUCAAUAUGCAUUCUUCAGAGUAAUAGCUAGCAAGGCAGAGCAAGAAAAAUGGUGGGGGAAAAGUUCAUUACUUUGCACCAAGUAAAUGUGAGCAAGUAAAAGCAGUUCUGGGUGUAAGAAAGUGACUACAGUGACAUUUAUGCAUGCUAUUCCUUAUUAUUGGUCCUCUUGUGUUUGUUAUUGUUUGGCUGGUUGGCUCCCAGAUGGGAGUCUGUUGGCAAAUCAUAGAAACGGUUAUGGGUCAUUAAAAUUCAGUUUGGAAUUUAUUUAUUUGACAUUCAAUCUGAAUGGUAACUGCCUUGUUUUGUCA